GACUUGAUUGUCAAUUACGUCCUCGCCACCUUCGACAAGUCCUGUUAUACUAGAGUUUUGUAUGCAGUCUUCUUUUCGUUGUUGUGCUUCAAAUUGUUAGCACCUCACGACAUGAGUGGCAGCGAGGAUGAAGACAUGGCGGCGGGCGGCGUCACUCUAGCUGGCAAACGGCGGCGCAAUGAAGAGGAGGAGGGUGUGUUGGUUGCAUCCUCUGUGAACCAUCCGUAGAAUUGCGUGGCUAACUGCUAGAGACUGGAUGGCUAACAGAGCUGGGAUCCCAGCAGAGCAUUCUCAAGUGGAUGCGCCACGUACCGGGGCCACUGCAGGAUGUCAUGAAGAAGCGCGCGGACCAGUGCGUGCUGUACUGACAGCUAUUGCAAUAACUGGAGCUACGUAUUGACGGUCGAUGGCAGGAUGGACAGCUCACAGGGAGACCACAGUCGCAUUGCCAGCGCCAACUCGGAUCGGUACUCGGUUACGAUCGCAACGGUGUUCGACCAAGGCCCGUGGGUGGACAUGUGCCAGUAUCUGGGCAUGCCCGCUGUAUCAGGGACACUCUACGGCAGCAUCAGGAUUGGCAGUUUGAAGUGCACAGUUGGGAAAAUCGUGGAGAGUGAUGAAGCACUUACAAAGAUUCCUCAGCUCUUAGUGCUGAUCAAGUCUGUGCGCUAUGUUGAAGAAGAGAUCGUGGCUGUUCUCCAUGAUCCGACUGGAGAAGAAGUGGAGGGUUAUUUCCAUCGGGAACUUGUUGAGCAACUAGGGCCAGCGCUCGUUGCUGGUGUGGGUGUUCAGUUGUACAAGGUGUCAGUAUUUACUCCCACUGACGCACCAGUGACAGGUAGACGAAAGAGCUACCUUAACAUCACACCGCGAAAUGUCCGACGAGUGUUUGUUGCGAAGAAACAUUCAAAUAGUUCGACCAUCGAGGAUCCGGUUGAGAUAUUUAACAAAGCAAAAGAAAUCGAGUCCCAGCAGGAAAGUGACAACGACGAUUAUGACGACAACCAAGCAUCCAGAAGCGAACAGGCAGCACGGCAAUUACUGCAGCACAGCACGGUCCGUGACACCUCGGCGGAGUUGACGUUCCUCUCACAGCGACAAGUGAUUCAUCGAAAUCCACCCGUACGAAUAGAUCCUGCGGCGGCGACCACUACUACGAAAAAGAAGAGCAAACGAGGGAAAGGUGCCGCGUCAACUAACAACCAAGACCAAGAAAAUGGGCUGGGCAAAUGGCAGUGGAGCAAAUUGCUCAAAAAGACGACCAACGACGAGUCAUCCGCGGAUUUGAGCCGUUCACAAGAGCGUAGGGAGGUUUUGGAUGCUAGCUCGCGUCUUGUUAGCUUGAUUACGAAGCAGAAUGCGAAGAACAGGUACGUUGGCUGCAACAAAUAUUUCUCCGAGUGUAAAGGGUGAAAUAAUGUGCGUUCUAUCUCUUUCCUACGUAGGACGUCCACAUCAUCGACACCAGAAGGAAAAUCAAAUAGUGAAGAAUCACCAGCAUCCCCAAAGCCGAAGAAAGCAGUUAGUGUUCGAUUCGCGCCGGGAACGGUGUUCGACCCACCAUCAAUGCCUCGCCACUCCGACAAUUUUGACGUGGCAGAGCUAACACAGAGAAGCCCUUCGUCACAACCUUCGGAUUCCCAACCAAACUCGGCCGAUCAACCAUUAGAUGGAGAAAUUAAAGUCAACAACUCGGAUGACGACGAUGAAGAUGAUGACUGGUAAAUACUGUCGCGAAGACAACAUUACUUCUCAAGACUCAAGAUUUACUCAAAUGAUAUCGUGUGUAUAUUGGGAGCUACUGCACGUUGCUGUUGCUCCCACAUACAUUUACAUGCCACGUUGCCUUUUUUUCACUUCAACUUAGCCCUAUUUUAUGUUUGCCACACAC